AACCGGGUAACCGGCGCAGUCGUCUCUAUCUGGUUCAGUGUUUCACAUUGUCAGUGUGUUAGGAGUGCCGCCACCGCAGCGGUCUGCCCGAAAGCUACACGUCCGUGUUUCCGCGUACGGUCGCUAUAAUAUACCUUAUGUAUUAAUACAAGAAAAAUAUAUCGCAUAAUCGGUCGUGAUCGUACAGCAGCCGUCACCGUCGAUCCGCGCGAUUUAAUUUCACAUACAUAAAAUACCUAAAACAGUAAAAAAAACGGGUGCAAAUUGUUACAACGACCGGAAGCGAAAAAAUUCUGAAUCUGUCCGAAUUAUACCCGCGGAAAAAUACGUAAAACCCACCGUCACUGCCGCCGAAUAUACAUCAACUUUACGACGAUUUUUUUUUUUCUAUUCCGAUGAGAGGGCUUGACUUUAGAACGUCCGACGCGUUUUUUUCGACCCGUUAAAUCGUAUUAAUUUUUUUUUUUUUUACCGCCAAUAUCGAUCACCACGAUUAGCGACACCACUGCCUCCACGACCGCUACAACCAUGAUCAUAUCCAAGGACCUGUUCUUGUUGGGCGAUCAAGAUUAUCUUCGGUUACCCAAAGACGACAAACAGUCCAAAAAUGUGAACAAAACGCUCAGGUUGGAAAACGGGGUAAACGUACAAGAACCUCCAGGAUGUAUGCAUCCGUUACCCGCACAUCGGCCGAUCGAGCUGACUUUCAGCAACCUGACGGUGACGUUAGACGACAAAAGACACGUGCUGAAGAACAUCAGUGGAAUUGUGAAACCAGGGCAAGUGUUAGCCGUAAUGGGUCCUUCAGGAUGUGGUAAAACAACUUUGUUAAACUGUUUAUCGGGCCGGACAAAGUUGGAUUCGGGGUGCAUACAUCUGAACCGCGAACGUCUGAACAAGCGGUGUAAGCGGCGCAUCUGUUACGUAUUACAACAAGACAUCUUCUUCCCGGACUUGACUAUGAGACAGACUCUCGAGUACGCGGCAUUGCUGAGACUUCCCGAUUCGUUAUCUCACAGCCAGAAAAUGCAGUACGUCGAUCACAUCAUUGACGUGCUCGACCUGAACAACUGUCAAGACACAAUUAUCGGGGACUACAUGAAACGCGGUUUGUCCGGGGGUGAAAAGAAACGAGCAAACAUCGCUUGCGAACUCUUAACCAAUCCCGCUCUAAUGCUGCUAGAUGAACCCACGACUGGAUUAGACUCUCAUUCGGCUUACAAAUUGAUGUUAUCGUUAAAGAAAUACGCCGAAAAAGAAGGGAAAACUAUUGUAGUUACUGUUCACCAACCGUCGUCGCAAAUAUUCCAUAUGUUUGACCAACUACUUUUAAUCUGUAAUGGGCAGACUGCAUACUUUGGUGACAUCAAUAAAGUAGUAAAUUUCUUUAGUAACAUUGGAAUGACGAUAGCCCCACAUUACAAUCCAGCCGACUUCAUUCUGGAACAAGUAAAAGGCACGGAAGAAAUGAAACAGAAGAUAAUAACCGCCGCACAACAAGCCCAGGACGACUAUUAUCAACAAGAAUUGUUACAUUUGAACUGCACGUGUGACAAGUACCUAACUAACUAUCGUCACAAUCAUAGCAAUGAUAACUAUCAAUGGCCCAUGAACGCUAACAAUGGUCAUAUUUGUACAGCAUUCAGCGAUUCGUCUACAGACAGCAAUGAAAAAUGUUACACUACUAUUAGAGUUCAUGAAGAUGAGGCAAGAACUUUAUGGCCCGAUAGCCAGAGUCAUUCUUCAACUUCUACAUCCGAUGAAGACUUCACUUGGCAAUGGCCCACCAGUUUUUGGACACAGUUCAAGGUUUUAAGUCAAAGAAACUUCCAAGAAGCCCGUCCUCAAAUGUUGAGCACUUUGAAUUGGGUGCAAACCAUUGCACUUGGCUUAUUAGCUGGUCUGCUGUGGUUUCAAUUGCCUCGUACAGAAGAAUCGCUACAUAACAUCCAGGGGUGGAUGUUUUUUUCCACUACUUAUUGGAUGCUUUUUGCUCAUUUUGGUACAUUAUCGUCUUUCCCUCCCGAAAGAGAAGUUAUUAAUAAAGAACGCCAGAGUGGAGCGUAUCGUUUGAGCGCGUAUUACCUGGCCAAAAUGGUCGGCGAACUGCCGUUGACAAUCACCUUGCCAGCUGUCUAUCAUCUGAUCUCCUACCCAAUGCUCGGCAUGCAUAGUUUUAGUACAUUCUUCACCCUAUUAAUGUUUCUACUGUUAAAUACCAUUGUCGCUCAGAGCGUCGGAUUUUUUGUGGGAGCGUUUUGCAUGGACAUGCAAGUCUCGAUUACAAUCAGCGCCUUGUACACACUGGCCACACAACUUUUUGGCGGCUACUUGGCGACAAAUAUUCCUAGCUGGUUGCAGUGGAUGCAGUAUCUCAGCAUGGUGCAUUACGCCUAUCAAAAUAUGCAAAUCGUCGAAUUUAGCGACGGGGAACCAAUCAUGUGCAGUGCAAAACAAUCCAAGUAUGCGGUAUGUGAAAACUCUACUUUUAUACCAGCGUUGGACAUUGUAAAUGCACAAGGUGCAUCGUUCCCAUUAUGGCUGAACACAAUGAUACUGUUCGGCUUCCUUAUCGUGUUCAGAUUGUUAGGUUAUCUAGUAUUGCGUUUCAUCCGAAAACCAAAGUGAAUACCUAAACCGUUAAUGGCUGUGAGCGAUUAACAUUUUUAAUUAUUAAUCGUUUUAUAAAAACAUAAAUAUGGCUGUGUCAUUUUAGACAUUAUAAUAUUUUUUAUCUCGUUAUAAAUAUUAAACUUAGAGACUCGUUUUUCAACUCGAUAAUACCCCGAACUCAUUUCCUAACGCUAAAAUUUGGUGCUUGUACCUAUUUUGAUCGGAUUUCGGGAAAAGCGGUGUGAGAUGUGUUAUACGUAUUUAUAUGUCGCAUUGUUUUGAUUUUUGUACUACAUCGUAAUAAUGUUUUUAAAUGUUGCAUAAAAAUUAUUUUAAGACUUUAAUUACCUAUUUUUUUAAUUUUUAAAAAUUAUUGUAUAAUUAUUGUUUUACUAAGUUCGAACACACAGAAUUUUUUGUCACUAAUACCUCUGAGAUGAAAUUUUGUUAUUCUGUUCGUACAGAUAUUUUGUUACUACUUAGAUAAUCACAUUUUUAAUUUUUACUUUAAAAAUGCUUUAUUAAUUUUAAUUGAAUC